GAUUUAGAAAACCAUAAUAAAACACGGAAACCUAUGAAAAUAUAUACUCCUGGAGAUGUAAUUUAUGUCAGAAUAAACAAACGAAUAGGGUCAAAACUUACAGCAAAAUAUAGAAAGGAAACAGUUAAGGAAGACAAAUCCAGUGUAGUAAUCACUGAAAAAGGACGGACGGUACAUAAAAGCAACAUCAGACAAUAGUAAAUUUUUUUUUCUUUUACUUUGCAGGUUUUUUGUGCACCUAGUGUACGCAGAUUUUAAAAUAAUAGACUACACAAAUUCACAAUUAGCAACAUUUGAUACAGGAUUGACAAGAAUACAAACAGGAACCUACCGAAUAAUACAUAAAGUAGACCUAGACGCAUUUCAAAUGACACUCGACGAAAUGGACAACACUAUUAAAACCAAGAUAACAUCAGAAAAUCCCUUUCUACCCAUCUUGAUAAAUGAAUUAACCCUUACCCAAACUUACCUAAAUAGACUCCGACCCAAAAGAUUUAAAAAAUCCAUAGAAACAAUAGGAAAAGUCUGGAAAUGGAUCGCGGGAAAUCCCGAUCAUGACGACUUAGUAAUUUUAGAUAAUCAAAUAAAUAAUAUAAUAAACAAUAAUAAUAAUCAAGUAGUAAUAAAUAAAAUAAUUUUUGAUAGGAUAAAUAAUAUUACGAGAGUAUCAAAUAAGAUUUUAAAAACGGUACAAUCUAAUGAAGAUGUACAACGCAAUUUUGCCAUAGAGUUAAAAUAUAAAUUAAAGAUUGUAAAAGAAGAAAUUAUUAAUAUUGAUUAUGCGAUUCAUUGGGCCAAAGCCGGAAUCGUCAAUUCGUAUAUUUUAUCAAAUGAAGAACUAGCAUUAGCAAAAUCCAUUUUUAUAAAAAAUAACUUCACAUUAAAUAAUGUAGAAGAAUCGCUAGAAUUUGCGAAUAUAAAAGUAGCCUCAAAUGAAACAAUGUUAUUUUAUAUGAUAGGAAUACCAUUAAUAAACGAAGAAAUUUGCGAUUCAAUUGUAAUCAAACCCAUAAAGAAAAAUAAAUAUAUUAAUAAAAUUCCCUAUGAGGAUAUCGUAACAUGUAGUAAACAUAAGGUAUUUGGAAUAAAAACAAAAUGUAAUGAAAAUAAUCAUAUAAGAAUUUGUAACUAUAAGAAUAUGAUAGAUAUUAGUAACACUACUUGUGUCCCGCAACUACUCAGAAGCGAACCAGCAGAAUGCACUCAAAUAAAUAACCAGCACAUACCAUCGAUAGAAAACAUCUUCCCUGGCAUCAUAUUAUUAAACCAGUAUAAUGGCACAAUUCAAAUUGAUAAUCAGAAAAUAAAUCUUGUGGGAUCAUACGCCGUUCAAUAUCGCAAUUCCACAGUUUUAAUCGACAACCAAAAACACUCCUUUAAUGAAAUACUAACUAGCAAACCAUUACCCGCAAUCCUACAGUCAAAUAUCUCUUCGAACAAAGAGGAAGAAAUUCUCAGCCUUGAGAUGAUGAAGGAACUCCACAUAAAUAACACCAAUCAUUUACAAACACUGCAGACAACCCACACAGCAGCUCUAAUAACAAAUUUUUCAUUAGUAGUUAUUUGCCUGAUCAGUCUAGCAACAAUAGGCACUGCACCAAUCAUAAGGAAGAAUUGCAAGACAAAACUAAUAGAACCAUCGAGCUACAAUGUAAACGUGAAUGUGGCCAAUAACAAAGAAGACACAUCGGAAACUCCCACGUCACAAGUGCCAAUAACCCUAAUAGUUUGAACAAACGAGGACGUUCGUUUUUGACGGCGGAGGAGUUAGCAACACUAAAGUUAACUGCCAUAAGCAGAAUAAUGCUGGAUAAGCAAUUAACCAAAUAACAUCCGGCACGCGCAGUCAAACUACAGCCAGGUUGACCAACAAUAAUGCAAGCAUUGCAACAAUUGCAAAUCAACAUCCGGCAUUCGCGGAACAACGCGACACAAGUAAAUAAGUUAAUAGUGCUAGCAUAAGUAAUUUUUAAGUUAUAAAUAAGGGAUAAAGAAAAUUUGUAAUUAAAGAUCGGAA